AUUGAUGCCCCUUUGGCCAAUACAAACGCAAAAUUUCGUCGAUCUUGAGGUUGGGUGGCAGUGCCUGUAUCCUGGCCCGCAUGGACUGAUUCGACGGGGCCUUGUAACCCUGGCUUGAGUGACGUGAAUGCAAAGCAAGAAUGGAAACACGAAUCAAGCUUGGAAUGCUCGCACCGCGUGAAAGGCAAGUUGCAUAAAGAUUGACAUGUGCUGUCGUUGUUGUGGUCCUUUGACGUUUGUCUUCAUCUCUUCAAUCGCUUUGUGCUGCAAGUCAGAGGUUUGCCGUUGUCCUCCUCUACAUCAUAAGGCGACUGCCCACUCCACUGCCAUUCUCAAAGUACACGAAAUACAUCCACCACCAUGCGUUUUACAGCCCUCCUCCCAGUGCUCUGUUGCACAGUAGCACUCAUCCUCUCUUUCCUGUGCCUCUUCGCUGGUCACAAGAAGGACUUCAUGGAAGACUACCACCUCAUUUCGCUCAACACCUCGAUGAUCGGCGAAACCAUCAUCAACGAAACCCGCUCCACCGACACCUCGAACCCGAUCACCAACCUGCUCAACUCGAUCAGCAACACCGGCAGCGAGAUUGUCAACGACGCCAUCGGCGAAGUCACCCAGCGCCUCGGCAUCGAGGACUUCUACUCCGCCCACAUGCUCAACUACUGCGAGGGCCAGUACACCCCCGCCGAAGCCCCCAACGCCACCGUCUCCGAGAGCGACAUCAGCAAGAACGUCACCGAGUGCAGCAAGAACCGCGCCAUGUACAAGUUCGACCCGACGCAGAUCAUCGAGGACGCGCUCAACCGCACCACCGGCCUCGACGUCACCCUCGACGACCUCAACUGGCCCGAGGACAUCGACACGGGCAUCAAGACCCUCAACGCGCUCAUGGGCGCCAUGUUCGUCCUGUACUGCAUCGCUAUCGCACUCAUCUUCGUCGCGCUGCUGGCGGCCGCCGCCGCCGUCCUGCUCUCCGGCCGUCUGUCCGCGUGCGUAAACUUCCUCAUCUCGGUGCUGGCGUUCCUUUCCAUUGGCCUUGCGAGCGCGCUUGUCACGGCGGUCAUCGUCAAGGCGAGCAACAUCAUCAACGACAAGGGUAAUGAGAUUGGUUUGGUGGCGCACUACGGCGGCAAGUUCCUCGCCCUUACGUGGGCGGCCACGGGGCUCAUGCUUGUUGUUGUGUUGACGUGGGUUGUGGAGUUCUGCAUCGGACGCAGACACAACAAGCAGCCCACAUAUGCUAAGCACGGUUGAGCUGAGUGUUGGAGAGAGUCAGCAUGGAACUAGACGUUGGGAUUGGGAGGCCUUGUUUCUUUUGUAUCUGUCCAAGUUGUAUACCCCUUGAGCUUGAGACUACGUAAUC